UGGCGAAACGCGCUCUGUUUUCUUCCAAAGAAUAGGGAAAUACCCGAUAAUUCUAUUUCGUUCUGUUUAUAAAUUGAAACCGAGUGGAGAGUUCAGUUAAAAGCCAAGAACUCUCUGGGUUCGAUCUACUCCGUCUGGAAAAGUGGAUUUUUGACAGAAAUAAUAAUCAAAUAUUAACCCAACUUUCAAAAGAAUUCAAGAUGCCAACAGGUUGUUUGAGCUGGCUCGAGAAGGAAAGAACUACCUUGGAACACUUCAUGGAUCCGCAUAACACAGAGGUUGUAGAGUAUUGCCUGAAGCUUGUGGAUGGAAAAUUUGUGGGAGAGACAAGUAAUCGGGUCGAUAGCAGAUCUGACGUAACUGAAGACCAGCAUGAAAUAAAUCUAGGGUCGGUUUUGCAGUCAAUGGACGUCGAGAUUAGAGAGAGAGGUGCGGAGUUCACAGGCAAUGAAAGAAAAUUCAUGGAUUACUUCGAAUUAGCCACAAAGAUGCGGAAACCCAGAGAUGUUCCCCUGGAGCAAUUCAGACAAAAAAUGCUAGACGAUAAAGGAAAGUUUGUAGAGCUUCUUCGAAAAACAACAGAACCAUCAGAUGUACUUCACAAAAAGCAUAAAUCCUACUGGGGAACAAGACAGCAAUUAAGAUUUGGCAAAGCUGUCGGGGAUUGGAUUGACAAAAGCUACGGACCACUAGACCCAAUUUUUGGUGCGCUCCUGUCACCAACCGGAGGUCGAACUGGUCCUGGUGACGACACAGUACUGCACAAAUUACUGUUUGACAACAAUGGCCCAUUUGCAUAUCAUUCCGCUGUUCACGACGCAUUUGGCUAUCUGUUUACGUUCCACCACACUGGCCCAGGCUACAAGUAUCUGGAUGCUGCUUCUCUUUUUAAAAAGAGCAACCCAUUAUCCGGACAAGCAGCAGGGAUAAGAUUCUGGAAAAAAGUACUUGCCCACCAUAAAGAAAACGGUUUGCAAACACACAUUUUCUAAAUGAACAAUGGUCAGGGAACCAGAAGCUGCACAGAAAUUAUAUGAAUUUGAGGCAACACAGAAACAUGUUAUUUAAGGUAACGUAUUUAAGAGACAAGCGUCUUUGCCAUAAAUAUUAUGUUAUAAUGGUUUCAGUUUAUUGCUUUUCAGCAAAACUGAUACAGUUGUAUUAAUAAGCAUAGUUUCGUAGAAAUGUAUUUUUGUAUUCGCAUUGAUUGUAAGAACAGUUUCUUCAGGAUUGUUUGUUUUGAAUAUCGCAAAAACGGGGAAAGAAAAUUCAUAAAAAAUGCUACGUUACAAUGGGGGAUGAAGAGCCAGGGGAGUUAGCAUAAGAAAGACUCAGAUCUUUGAGUCCUUUUUCUAGAGGAGCAAUUAAAAAGGUGCUCAUUUCUAUUAAGUAGCUGCCAAUAUUUUUGCGAGCACGCUCUCGUUCCUUUUUCCUUGCACUACACUUCUAAAUACAAUCUCUCUAGGAUAGAUACUCCACUAAUAAAAUAUUUGAAAGAUAAGGAAAGAGGGGAAAUUGCAUUGAUAAUCGCCACCAUGAAACUAUUAUAAAAGAAAUUUUCCUGUUCCUAGAAUUUGUAAUGAAACUAUACAUUUUGUACAAAGCAGGUAUUAUAAUGUAUAUAGUAAAGUUUGAUUUUAUCAAAAUAAAUUUAAAGCGGCUUUUUAUGUAAUUCUACAUGUGUUGAAGACAUUAUGUAUCGUUAUUUCAUGAAGUUGUGAUUAGAUUUUAAUUUGAUAUUUCCGAUAAAAUAUAAUGUAAAUAUGGAGUGAAAGUAAUAUCAACUAUAUCAUUAUGAGCAUAAACGAAUAUUAUGAUAAUG